AUGGCGGCAUGGCACCUCCCUGGCUGGGCGACGCUCGCGCGGACAGCGGCCCGCGGCGCAGCGUGGGCGACGGACGUGGCGGCCAUCGUGGUGCUCUGCUUCGUUGCGCAGAAAUGGACGGCGACGUGCGGGGCCGUGGCGCCAGGAAUCAUCGGCGCCGUCAUCGCCCUGCUCAGCGAUAGCUGGCAGAUGGUCGCGUUUGCCGACCGCCGGCUGGGCGUGGCGCCCACGAAGCCGCACCGGACGCUCAUGCACGACGUCUUCUCGCUGGCCGUCACGCUCGGCGGCGUCGCGCUCAUGCUCGUGUCCAACGUGCCGGGCGGGGAGGGCCGCGAUCCGGCCAGCCACGCCGGCGACGAGGGGCCCGGCGCCGGAGGAAUCGCCCUGCGCCGGUCGACCAUGGCGUGGCUGGGCCUGUGGUUGCUCACCGUCAUCAUGUGA